AUAAGAACCAAAGAGAACCCUUCAACAAAUGCAUAAAAGAAGAAGCUUGAACUCUUUUUCUCUCUCUCAUUCUCUUCUUUAAAACAUUGGUUGAAUUAAGAAAGCCUCAUCUUUUCGGUUGAAGAGCCCACCGCUUGAGACUUAACCUCUAAAUUAUCUUGAACACACUAUAUUUUCUCUAUCUCCUCCAAAUUAUGCAUUCUGCUCCCAAGUCUCACGGCAAGAAAGGAAUGGGUAAAGAAGAUUUCAUGAAGAUGCAGCCUCAGAUGCAGACUGUUCUUCGAGUUAAUAUGCAGUGUCAUUGUGAAGGAUGUCGUUCCAAGAUUAGGAGCGUGUUGAAGAAGAUCAAAGGGGUGGAGACUUGUAAGAUUGAUCUAGAACAAGGAAAGGUGACUGUAAUAGGGGAAGUAGAUCCAGCAAAACUGAUAGAAAAGCUUUCCCAGAAGACUGAUAAACAUGUUGAGUUAUGGGGUUUUCCUAAAGCCAUGAACAUAAACAAUCUCAGUAACAACAACCAAAUGAAGAACGUCCAUGUUGGUGAGAUUGGCAAAGGUGGAAAAGGAGGCAUGAAUCCUCCUCAGAAAAAGGGUGAAGAAAUGAUGAAUUUACACCAGAUGUUCCCUAAAGCAGCCUUCAAUGGAAAAGGAGGGCCACCACCACAGUUCAAAGACAUGAAGAUGAUGAUGCCGCCUUCCAAAGAUCAGAAAUCUGUCAAAUUCCAGAUGGAUGAUAACGAUGAUUUCGAUGAUGAAGAUGACAGCGACUAUGAGUUCGACGAAGACGAUUUGUCCGAUGAUGAUGAGUCUGAUGAUGGGCAUGAUGAAGGUGGUGUGGCCAAAAGCGUUGGAGGAGGAGGAGGAAAGAAAGGCUUUAGUUUUAGUAAUGUCCCUUUACUAAAGCGUCUGGGAUCAAAAAAAGAAGACAAGAGUGAAAAUGAAGGUGGAAACAAGAAAGGAGACAAAUUUCCUAAUGAAAAACAGGGCGGUGGAAAGAAUAAUGGUAAAAAAGGCGCCAAUUCAUUAGAACAGGUAAAAUACGAUGGUAAAAACGGAGGAAAAGAUAAUAAUACCGGUGGUGGUGGGGGAAAGAACAUGAAAGAAGGACAGAAAGACGGUGGGGGCCAAGCCAUGAAUAACAGGCAGAACAAUCUUGGACCUGAUUUCGCCAUAAAUAUGGGCCAAACGGGUAGACAAAUGGGUCCGGGUCAGGGUCAGGGUCAGAUGGGUUUUGGUGCAAAUCCGAAUGGUAACAUGGGCGGGAUGGGAAACUACCCAAUGGGAGGGCAAAUGGGUAAUUUCCAGGCAACACAAGGUCCACCAGGUAUGCCUGGAGGUGGAGGAGGAGGAGCACAAUAUCCCCCGGGGAUGACUGCAGGCUAUAAUAACCCUUACAAUAACCAACAACAACAACAACAAUACAUGGCGAUGAUGAUGAACCAGCAGCAACAGCAACAACAGCAACAACAACAGCAGUCUUAUGGGAAUGGGACUUAUGGGAAUGGGAUGUACAACAAUAAUAAUCCAAUGAUGAUGUAUGGGCGGCCGAUGAAUUAUGGUCCACCACCGACUCCUCCUCACGCCACGGACAAUCAUUUCACUAACUACUUCAACGAUGAGAACACCAACAGUUGUAGUAUCAUGUGAAACUACUUGGAAAAAGUAAUGUACUAAAGAAAUGGGUAUUGUUUACCCUUGUUACCAUCAUCAAGCUAGGUGUCUUUUUUAAGAGAACAAUAAGGAUAUACUUAAUGUUACUUGUUGUUUUGUUUUAGCCUUUGAAUGUUAGGAAUGGUAGUUUAGAGUGUUUUGAAGUAGGUGAUAUUGUGAUCUUUGACACUUUCUAUCCACAAGAUCAUGUUUCUCAAUUCAAAAGUGUUGUGAA